AUGUCAGCAAUGUUUCAAGAUGCAAGCGACAAUGGACAUACAAAGAAAGAGAAUGACGGGCCUCUUUCGGUAGACCACCUACCUUCCAUACUUAAUGCCGAAUCGCCACUGCCGUCUCUCCAGAUUCGCACCGAUCUGCCCAGUAUUCGUCCAUCCAGUUCGCGAGACUCCGACCCUUAUGCUUCGACCAGUUUAUCCGGAAGUUAUCCACGUCGGACCCCGAGUCUUCGUGCCCUUUUCGCACUAUCUAUACAAAGUGCGGGCUCCUUGUCCCCGGCAUCCUUCAUAUCCUCGCCGCAAUUGAAUGCAAUGGGUGACAUAACUCCAUUGCCAUCGCCAAUUGGAGGAGCUGUGCCGUGGCGUAGAGCUGAUGUGCCAUCGUUGUCUCGUUCUUCGUCGAUGGCGUCGCGCAACGGUUCUAGUAUUCGUCUGAGUGAUUCAUCGCAGAUGCUUGGGCCGCCCGUCAUGUCCCGUUCGCGCCCGAAACCAUACACUGGCAUCGAUGGACAGAGGGAGGAUCCAUCGGAGAAAAAUGGGCCUUGUCACGACUCACCUUCAAAGCAUUCUCAUUCACGGAACCGCAGUCUGAGUGACUAUGCGCCGCCCGGCCGGGUCUCUGUCCCUCCCCGUCCGAUUGCGGUGUCAGGGAGUAACGCGCUUGGUAUUGCCUCCUCGUCGAGCAUAGAUUCGAAGUCCAAUGGCCUUCAUCGCGAACAGCAUCUCGCUGUCCACCGAGGUAUCACAUUGCCGACUGUUCGUCCCCCCCAGCCCACCUCGCAGCAGUGGCAAUAUGCCGACGAAGACGAGGAAUGGGACCCCGAGAAAGGCAAAGGACUUGAGGGAGCUCGUGACUGCGUGGAAGGUCUUCUCAAGCGCAACACGAAGCGCAAGUCCCUUGAUGAGAUUGCUGCUAUGGAUUGGGUGCGUGACGCUAUCGAUGUUCCUGGUGGCCUGAAACGAGGCGACAAAGAAGUGCCAUAG